AACAAUAUUCGGGCAAUACCCAAAAUACCGGGACGCAAUGUUAAAGUUCACCGCCAUUUACGGCCUACAAUUUACCCAAGUUAUUACAUAAUAAUAUAAUAUUAUAUCGGGAUGGUGAACCUGUGACACGUGUGGACACUUUUCAAGCCACACGCGUAUAAACGAUCUGGUAAGCCGGGUCUGACGAAAUUAUAUUUUUUUGGUUAGCUAUAAUGAUCUUCAUUUUGUAUAAUUACAAUUUAUUCGUAUUUUCGUUAAUAAUAAUAUCUAUUUUUGGGUAAUUUAAACGGCGCCGGUUGAAGUGGGUGAGACACUGAGACAUGUCGUUUAUUUUUAUCACCCCUUCUAUGGAUCUAAACAAGACGUGCAUGCAAGUGUUAUGAUUCUCACACCUAUAAAUACGGAUGGGGCCAAUAUACACGUCCACCUUGGCUGGGACCACCGCACCGUCACCGCCGUGUGUCGUCACUCGAACGAACGCGACCGUGAUAAACAUCCGGAAUCGGUUUAGUCUUAUACUUGUAUAAUAAUAUAAUAUUAUAUUAUAUACCCUAUAUCAAAAAUAUAAUUUCUUCGCGAUAUUCUAACCACCAUAAAGAUAUAAAAUCACGGUGGAAUUUGUCAUAAUAUCAGCUGUCAACGAUGAACGAACUACGAACUACGGUGAAGUGAUGUGACUAAUCCGGAUUUGUACUUUACGUAUAUAGUUUUGUUUUUUUUUUUUAUUGCGUCACGAGUAAUAAUAAAGUCGAUUACAUUUUCCAAAAAGUCCUUUGGUCAUCGUUUUGCAGAUUUAAUAAUAUUAUGUAUAGUUUGGUGGCGUUAUCAGUGCACGCUGAAAGUUAAGUGAUGAUGAACACCGCCGUCGCGGGUUAGGUGGGUGUUCUUCGACUACGCACGCCGCUCGCAAACCGAAUUCCGCUAAGCAUGUUACAAUAUUAUUAUAUUAUUAUUAUUUUCUGACAAAUAGUUUGUACGACGAACGCGGCAGUCACACGCGGCACUCAUCGCGGCAGUCACACGCGGCACUCUUCGCGGUGGAGGCGGACGCCGCGAUACGAACGUAUGAUGCUACAUAAUAUAAUAUUAUUAUAGUUUUAUCGAAAACACACACACAUACACGUGCCGAUUAAAAUAUUACGAUUGUAAUAUUACAUAUUAUUAUAAUACGUCGGGCUUAUAGGAUAUAGACACCUGUUAAGUAGGUACCUAUACUUACAUAGGAUUCGCGAGUGUCUCUCUCAAACGGAGUAAAAUAAAAAUAAAAAAUCACGUCGAUGAUAGGUACCUAUAAUAUUAUAUAAUAUACCUAAUAUACUAUACCUUGUGAGUUUACGAUAUCAUAGUUGUAAUACUUGCGCGUACGUAUAUAAUUAUGAUAAUUAAUAAUAGUUAAUAAUAACAAAGUAUAGCGACAUAUUUACAUAAUAUUUGAUAUUAUAUACUCAGGCCGUGGUAAUAACACAUUUAAUAAUAAUAAUAAUAAUAAUAAUAUAAUACAUAAGACCGAGUGCGCCGUUCUCUCGCAUUAUUGCAGCAUUAAUUCGUGUACAUAAUAUUAUAACAUUCACACAGAUCGAUCGUGUAUAAUACACCAUUAAUACCUACACUCGUAGUCGCAAUCAGCUUCCGGACUCGCGAUUGUUUAUCGCUACCGAUGCAUCGGCCGGUAUGGGCACACACGCACCGCCGGACCAGGCGUAUCAGUCGCGUCCGAUAGGUCGUUCAGGUAAUAUAUAAUAUUAUAACCGCCACGGGCGCAUCAUGCCACCGCCACCGCCGUCUUCCGAGUGAUAUAAUAAUAAUAAUAUAAUAUCAUGUGAAAUAAUAUUAUACUUCCGACUCACCGUGCGGCCGAAAUUAUAAUAUACUAUUAUAUCCGUCGCAGUCCUGACCUACUAGGUCUGCACUGACCUACUACACACACCGGAUUAUUCGAUUUACGGAAAUAUGGCCAACGAAACGACGGCGAGCUGCAGAGGUCCGGCGGCCGGAGAUCCGAAAUCCGAGCCCGACGAGUCGUCAUACAUGCUUCGAGACAAAAGACCAUCAACGUUGAUGUGCCGCGACCAACAUCACCAACAUUCGAGACAGGAACGUCAACACCGUACGUUUGACGACAGCUGGGCCUGGUACGUUGUGGGCGGGUGCGCGUUCGCCAACUUCCUGUUGCCCGGCAUGCUGAGAUCAUUCGGUCCGGACGUCCUGAACGGGUUCGUCGAGGUCCACGAGCUCGAGUUCUCGAACCGGUCCGUCGUCGGUUGUCAAUGGAUACCGGCCACGUUCAACCUGACGUUUUUCAUAGCGGGGUCGCUGUCAUGUCUACUGUGCAAAUUAAUUUCACACCGAGCCGUAACGUACUGGGGUGGACUUUUGGCUUCCACUGGUAUGAUGUACAGUUCGUUCGCCAACUCCAUAUCGCACCUGUAUAUAAGCUAUGGCGUGAUGGUGGGAUUUGGCGCGGGCUUGUGCUACUCUGCAGGAAUACUGAUCGUCAACGAGUAUUUCGACAAGCACCGAGGACUAGCCAACGGGUUUUCGCUUGCAGGCACCUCCAUCGGUGCUCUCGCCAUGCCACCGUACCUCGAGUUCUUGACCUUUUCAUACGGCUACAGAGGCGGCAUUCUGAUCGUGUCCGGAAUGUUGUUGAAUACACUGGCGUGCUCGUUGACCUACAAACCCGCGGUUGUUGAUGCGAACAGGGCAGUUCAACAGGACGAGGUGACCUACACAAGGCCGAUCGCUUCGUCGACGCCGACAUCGAUGAACGCGAGAGCAGUCGCGACGACGGCGUUUAAGGCGGCCACGGACCUGUACUACGCCACGGUGGUUUCGUCACCGUCGCCGCCGCUGUUGAAAUCCCAAACCACGGCGGCGGCAGUGUAUUCAACGGACGAUGAAGACAAUGACGACGACGACGACGACGACGACGACAAACGCCUGAAAAACACCCGUUGGUGGCGAUGGCUGAGGUGGCGACACCCGCAAUUCGGCCCCACGCCGGCCGCUGAAUUUCUGGCCGUGUCAGUCGUCCACGCGAUCAGCCACUUGGCGUACGCCACAGCCGCGCCUGCGCGUGCCGCCGCGCUACAGCUGGCCGCGGCCGAGGCGGCCGGUCGGUUCCUCGCACCCACCGCUUCAGACCUGCUGUCUCCCGGCGGUUCGGCGUCAAUUUACCUGUACGCCGCGGUGGUGGCCGUCAGCGGCACCGUCCUACUGACCGGCGCCGCCACCGCCGAAUCGGAUGCCGACCCGUUCCAGUGGCCACUGCGGUCGGCAGUGCACGCGCAAUGGUCGGCGUUCCUGGUCAUGACCUUCGGGAUGGCGUCUGGCGCCGCAGUCGGGCUCGAACCGCUGGUUGCGGUCCGAGCGCUUGGCCGCGAGCAGCUCGCCGCCUCCUGUUCCACCACGUUACUCGGUAAAGGCGCCGCCCAACUGGCCGUCGACCUGUUCCUGCGCCAGUCGUUGUCCAGCCGCGGUGGACACUGGCCACCGAUCUCACCGUGCGUGCUUUACGCGCUCGGAUCCGUUCUAGUGGCCACCGCCGCCGCUUGGACGGCCGUGUUCCUUGUCAAGCGUCACUACGCCUCCAAGACCGGGUGCAGCCGGUACGUGAGAACCGCUUGACUACAGCGGCCACCGCUGCCACCGGUGGCAAAACAAUCAUCCUACUAUAUUGUAUAGGUAAUAACCGGAGUACCAGACGGGAAUUUAAAUACUUUGGGAUUCGGGUUUAAGCUUUCACAAAAUCAAAAUAAACCAUAAUACCCAUUCGUCGUUAUUCGUUUAUUGUUGUCCUGAAAAGUGUCAAAAACGCUUUCGAUAUUUUUAAAACUUGAAAAACUUUAGCGGCUAUUAAUGUUUGAGAUUCUUUUAAAUUUUCAAAACUCGUUUAAGAGUAAAAUUAACAUUUGUAUAUAUAUAGGUACCUAUUAUAUUGAGACGAGAAAUUUUAAUACAAUCGCGAGGGCCUCAACAAAAUAAGACGCUUCAGAUAUUACACCCACCCGCGUAUUUAUUUUCUUCUAAUUCUGUGGUUUGUUGUCUUAAUUUUUAUUUUUAGUAAUUUGAAAACUGCAGCUUAACUCGAAAGAAACACGUCGCGCGUCUAACAUCAUAGGAGUAUUUUUUUCCACGAAUUUUUAACUUUAGACAAACGACUAUUGAUGCAAGUACCUAUGCCAUGUGUAGGUUUCAUACAUGUGUAAUGUUACUUAUUAGGUAUAUUAGGUAUGUGUACCUAUAUUGUGAAAGUUUCUUACAUUAUAAUAUAUCUAGUAUAAUAUUCAGAGAUCGCUAUCAUCGCAAAAUAGUUAAGUAAUACUUUUAAGAGGACUUGAGUGUAGUAGGUAGUUGCCAAUUUAUAUUCCAAUGUUUCACACUAUGGUCAAUAAGAACUGACAAAUGUUACAAUAGGAGUAAUAGGACUGAAUUGGUAUAUGGAAACAAUGGCGUGAUGAAGGACUUUAUUUGAGGCACGUGCCUCAGCUUAAAGGGUGGUGGGUGUCAUGGAGACUAAGUUCGCCACGCCACUGCUUGGAAAUAUAUUAAUGAUUCUAAUUUCCGUGUUAGUAGGUUAACUAAUUAAUAAUUGGUAUAUUGUAAGUAACCACAUAUUUUAUGGACGUUAUCAUGAAAUUUACUCUCAAAACAUCUCUACGCACUUUUAAAAUCCUAGUAGAUAGGUACUAAUAAUAAAUAAAACAUAAUAUGCGUAAAAAUCAGAAUCUACAGUAUCAAGUCGGUUAAUAGUACCUAAGUGUUAUACCAGAAUAAUAAUUGUAAAAAGUUACAAAUCAUUAUUCCUGUUUGAAUAGUUAGUUACUAUAAAUAGAUAUAUACAUUUAGUCAUUGAGAACUGUCAUGUCGUAUCCAUUAAAAUUGGUCGAAACAAUAAAAAAAAAGUUCUGGUUUUACGUAUGUAUCUACCUAAUUAACGUAUUUGAGGCUUUCGAUUAUAGUAAUGAUAUAUACAAUUUGUGACCAUUAGUAUUUACUAUUUAUAUUAGGUACCUGCAUUGUUCUAGAAACCAAGACAAGAGUGCUUGAUGCAAGUACUCCAAUAAGUAGUCCAAUAUGUUUUGAGCACUUAGUUUCUGUAAACAUUUUUGUUCUAUAACUGUGUGUGGUGAACUACAAUUUUCAGGCUUAAAUCCUACUAUAUAUGGAAGUGCGCAGACAUGUUCUGCAGGUUUUGAUUUCCAAUAUUAUUGCGAAUUUGCGGCCUCUGAAUAUUAAAACAUUAUUGUUUCCAUUUUCCAAUACUGUAGAAAUAUUUAAUUUUUUAUUAUUGUAUCUAUUACUGAAAUUGUAUAUCUAAUUAAGAAUUUUGUGUAAAUACCUGUAUAUAAAUAUAUAAUAUAUUAUAUUUUUAUCAUUCAUUUAUGAACCAGGAAUGGCCAAUGUUAAUUUCAAACUUAAUAUUAUGUUCAACAAAGACCAACAUAAAUAUAAGAAUAUAUUAUUAUUUUUAAAUUAUAUUAAAUUAAUUAAUUAUAAAUCUACUACUUGAUGACAACAAAUUAAGAUCAUGUAAUUCAUUACAAUUGUUGUUACAUAAUAAAAAAAAAUUAUCAAUAGUAUAUGAAACAGCACGAUAAAAUAAUAUGGCCUAUGGCUAUCAGUUGGUCUUUCCUGGCUUAUACAAUGUAUUAUUUUAAAAGCGUAUACAUAAUUAACGGUGAAAUGUGUUGUACAUAUUUUAUACAACUAAAUUAACCGAGUACUGAUUUUUUUUCACUUUUAUAUCUGUAUAAGAAUAAAAUUGUGUUCAAUACCUACAAUGAAAUUUUAAUUUUAAUUUGUUCCCAGUUACACAGAUAAUUCUAACAAAUACAAAGAAAACCAGUGUUUAAUUAACAUUAAUAUAACUAUUAUUUUUUUUUA